AUGCUUCCUGAACCGACGUUGAGCUUCACGCUCCCCAGCCUCCACGAUGACACCGUCUUGGACUGCCGUCUGUAUCAUUGCCAGGCAUUGAACCCCGCCGCAUCAAAUUCACCGCCAUGGAGGCGACACGCCGCCGUUAUCGCCCACCCCUAUGCCCCCUUAGGCGGCUCCUAUGACGAUCCUAUCGUCGAUAUUGUUGCCGCGACGCUGCUCCGACAGGGCUUCCUCGUGGGCACCUUUAAUUUCAGGGGUGCUUCUGGAUCCGCAGGCCGUACGUCCUGGACGGCAAAACCAGAACGUAGCGACUACAUGUCAUUCAUUGGCUUCAUGGUCUAUUACAUGCACUUCCUCGAUCCCUUCGGACCGUCUGUCGCCCGCUCGCCGACGACCACCCUCACGCCGACGCUCCCCGACGCUCAAUCGAAGCAACCCUCGCACCAUCCAGUCCUCCUCGUUGGCGGUUAUUCAUACGGGGCCAUGGUGACGACGCAGAUUCCACCGAUGGCGCAUAUACUUGCACAGUUCAAGGUGCCUACAGCUGGUUCCGCAGCUGCUGACAUCCGCCUUCGAGCGCAGCAUCUGGCGGAGCAGCAGAAUGUCAUCCUGGCGAGCGCCAGAGCCACAAGCUCUACAUCGCCGCGCAAGAAGUAUCUUGGCAUGCGGGUUGGGGGUGAUGAGGAUACCCAACGCAAGAGUCACGAAGCUCGGAGAUCCAUGUCGGAAACGAGGAGAUCCUUCUCCAUCGACGCCGAGGAUAAGAUUCGGCGAGGCGUCAACGAUUUACUAGCGAAAACGAAACGACAUCAUCACAGGGGCGUGGCGGUACCCCAGGAAAAGUUGGCGACUAUACCUUCGAACCAUGAAGUCUCUGUAGUGGUGGAAGAGGUUCCUAAUUUGACUCAAGUCCGGCCGGCAUAUCUCCUCGUGUCUCCGCUGCAAGGAGUCAUUACCCAUUUAGCAGCCAUGUCGUUCCUCCACACGACACCUGGUCGAGGACUUUUUUCGCGGUCUGGAGGAAAACCAAGAGAGCAGGGAGCGCCGACUUUUACGGCUGACCAAAAGCAACAGAGUGAGAGCAAGUUGGUCGAAAAUGAUACCCUAGCAUUGUACGGCGACAGGGACAUUUUUGUCCCGGCGGCCAAAUUGCGGGGAUGGGUGGAGCGUCUAGAAGGUGUCAAUGGGUCGCAUUUCCAUGGUGAGGAGAUUUCAUCGGCAGGGCAUUUCUGGACAGAAGUGAAUGUGGCUCAAGUGCUUCGAGAUAAGGUCUCGGAAUUCGCGGCGAAGUUACUGCAGGCGGCCGACGAAAGCAGGGCCACCAGUGACGGGCGGUAG